GAAUUGACUCGCAGCCUUACUGCUGUCUGACCCAACCUAUCCCGAGGCGGUGGUGUUUAAGCUUUAAGCUAAUGACUGUCUUUUUAUACAUCGGAUUCGUGUCAGUUCGGACAACAACUCGGCGUUGAUAAGAAGGUUGUUUAUCAGUUUGGAUCAGGAUGUUGGGACAGUGAGUGUAUGUGGGUGUUGAAACAGCAGGGACAGGAAAAGCUUAUCCUACACAUAUUGUCUGCUAAUUUCUCUCUUUGUUAACCUGCACAUAAAAAGCAAAGGUACACACCUUGGCCCCUGCACAUUAUCUCCACACUAAUCCUCAUCACAUCUGUGACUUGUACCAUUUCCUUCUUACUGAUCUUUCCUCACCGCUGCUUAGCACUCUCCUGCACCUCACUUAUUCCUCCUCUCUAACCCUGCCCUCCUGAGUUGCCAUGGCAGCCGCCAAGCCAAAAGGGCAGAACUCUCUGGCCCUGCAUAAAGUGAUUAUGGUCGGAAGUGGAGGUGUGGGCAAGUCAGCACUCACCUUACAAUUCAUGUACGAUGAGUUUGUGGAGGACUAUGAGCCUACAAAAGCUGACAGCUACAGGAAGAAGGUCGUCCUGGAUGGAGAGGAAGUUCAGAUUGACAUUCUGGACACAGCAGGUCAAGAAGACUACGCAGCUAUUAGGGACAACUACUUCCGUAGUGGAGAGGGCUUCCUCUGCGUCUUCUCCAUCACAGAGCUGGAAUCUUUUGCCGCGACUGCCGAUUUCAGAGAGCAGAUCCUACGUGUGAAGGAGGAUGAGAACGUACCCUUCCUUUUGGUUGGAAAUAAAUCGGACCUGGAGGACAGGAGACAGGUGAGCACAGACGAGGCCAAGAGUCGAGCUGAGCAGUGGGGUGUGUGCUAUGUGGAAACGUCCGCCAAAACCCGAGCCAACGUGGACAAGGUGUUCUUUGACUUGAUGAGAGAAAUCCGUGCGAGGAAGAUGGAGGACAGCAAGGAGAAGAAUGGGAAGAAGAAGAGAAAAAGUCUGGCUAAGAGAAUCCGAGAGAGAUGUUGCAUUUUAUAGUAAAAAAAGAAAAGUGCUCAAACAAUCAUUCCCAUGCUCUUCCCUUAUGUUUUAAGUAUGUAAAUAUGUCUGUUCCAUAUCUCACCACAGCCAACUAAUCCAGGCGUGUGUAUAUGUGAAGGGUUUGCAGCUUUGUGGUAACAGUGAACGUGCGUCAGAGCCAGAGUUGGUUUUAUUAUAGCGCUUUAGAGUUUCCCCUCAGAUGAAGCUACUAGGAGUGCUUUUUUCACUUUUUCGUCGAGUUCUCUGUUACACUAUGUACCGGAAAUCCACAAUAUCUUGUGGAAUGUUCUUCGCCACAUGUUGGCACCAGUCACUUUUCAAAUCGCUCUUAAUCCAUCCAGUGAUUUGAACAGGUUCAGCACAAACCCUGGAAUCCUGCUGCUUGAUAAAAUCCUGAACUGGAACCAGUGGGUCAAAAAAAAGAA